CGACUUGGCGCUGGGAUGUCAUUUUCGUUCAGCACCGAAUCCGAAACAGUAUGCGUCAAUUGCUCAGCACCCGUCUUGUGGAAAUCCCCGAAGAUGUCAAGUUCUCCUUGAGCGGUCGCAAGAUCACCGUGACCGGCAAGCGCGGCACCAUCUCCCGCGACUUCUCCCACGUGACGUUGGACUUGCGCCGCGUCAACAAGAAGACGCUCCGCGUCGACUUGUGGUUCGGCAACCGCAAGCAACUCGCGUGCGUGCGCACGGUGUGCUCGCACAUCGAAAACAUGAUCACGGGUGUCCGCGUCGGCUUCCAAUACAAGAUGCGCUUCGUGUAUGCCCAUUUCCCCAUCAACGUGACCUUCGAGAAGAACACGGUGGAAAUCCGCAACUUUUUGGGUGAGAAGCGCGUGCGCCGCGUCACUUUGUCCGAAGGCGUGAGCUACGUGCGCUCGCCCGACGUCAAGGACCAGAUCGAGCUCAGCGGCAUCGACCUUGCCAAGGUGUCCCAGGACGCCGCCAACAUCACCCAGUCGUGCUUGGUCAAGGAGAAGGAUAUCCGUAAGUUUUUGGAUGGUAUCUACGUGUCCGAAAAGGGCAACAUCGAAAUUGAAGAGUAAGCGAUGUGCCUCUGCUGGUGCUGCUGAUAACUUUGGAUAAAAUCGGUUGCGAUUGUUCUCCGUUUCUGGGUUGACUGCCACUUGGCCACACCAGAAUAUGGUGCAGCCAUUGGCGUCUUCUGUCCGGGCGGAAUUUAUGAAGCCACCGAGCCUCACGGGGUCGACUGGGUUGAUUGAAUUCCGUUGACAUAUUGUAUACGUACCUGUAUCGCAUAUAGUACUACGCAGGCACAACAAAGUAGGCAGUUGGGGGAUGAACGGAU